AUGCUGCCUGUGUCCACGGAGGUGAAGACCAGCCCGCUGCAGAAGGCGAACUUCUGCUCGCGCCUGUUUGUCUGGUGGCUAAACCCCUUGUUUAAAAUUGGUCACAAACGGAAAUUAGAACCAGAUGACAUGUACUCGGUGCUUCCGGAAGAUUGCUCCCAGCACCUUGGAGAACAGCUGCAAGGGUACUGGGAUCAAGAAGUUAAGAGAGCCCAGAAGGAUGCACGGGAGCCCUCUUUAGUGAAAGCAAUCAUAAAGUGUUACUGGAAAUCCUAUUUAAUUUGGGGAAUGUUUACAUUUCUUGAGGAGGCUGAGGAGUUGCUGCUGGUGGCAAAGAUACUGUGGGCUGAGAGCAACCACUGA